GCCGGGGCUCAGCGCCAUGAACCGCCCGGUGCUGCUGGGGCUGCUCUCCGCGCUGGCGCUGCUGGGCUGCUUGGAGCCUGGUGAUGCCUUAACGUGCUCUGAUAAGCAGUAUGAGUACAAGGGCAGGUGCUGCAACCGGUGUCGGCCAGGGGAAAAGCUGGUCUCUGAGUGCAGCGAAACAGAAAACUCUGACUGCACCCUGUGUGAGGACGGGCACUAUCAGCAGGGCUGGACUAAAGAGAAGCACUGUGCUCCUCAUGAAGUCUGUGAACACAACGCCGGGCUCAUCGUGAAAACACACGGAAACGCCACGCACAACACGGUGUGCCAGUGCCAGCCCGGCACGCACUGCUCGGACACCAGCUGCCAGACCUGCGUGGAGAACCAGCCCUGCCAGCCCGGCUCUGGCUUCGUGGCAGCCAAGGCCAUGGAGAGGAAGACAUCCCCCUGCGAACCCUGUGCAGAAGGCACCUUCUCCAGCGUCUCUUCUAAAACUGAGCCGUGCCAUCCCUGGACAAGCUGUGAGGAAAAGGGGCUGGCUCUGAAGGUGGAAGGGACAAACACCUCGGAUGUGAUCUGCGAGUCAGGCAGGCACUCCUCGCUGUCGGUGCUGAUCCCCAUCGCGGCUGCAGUCGUCACGUGCCUCGUGGGCGUCUGCAUCUACUGCCUGGUCCACACAGAUUCCAGGCGACGGGUGGAGAAGGAGGCUGGGAUGCCCGGAGAGAACGCAGAUACCCAGCAGCCCACGGAGCAGGAUGAGAAUGUCUUGCCUGUGCAGGAGACCCUACUCAGGGGCCAGCCCGUGGCCCAGGAGGAUGGCAAGGAGAGCCGCAUCUCGGAGCAGGAGAUGGUGUGAGGGCGCACCAUCCAGCAGGAGCACGGACUGGGAACAGCACCAUCUCCUCUGUCCCCUCUCCAGCUGGGGAGGAAAUCUGGCAUCUGGCCUGGCUGCAAGUGAUGUGGUGCUGCGGUGGACCAUGGCACGACCACCCCACGGGAAUACUGCCACACCAGCAACUGGUCUGGUCACCUGCCCAGGGCUGCCCUGGUGGAGCGAGGCUUGGCUGCCUGCACAGGGACACAGAACAAGGCUCUGUCCCAUCCUGCUGCCCAACCAGGUGCUGCGGUGAAGCCCAGCGUGGCUGCUCCCCUGCUGACCCCUGGCAGAGCCCGGUGCACCCUCCAGGGCUGCCACAGCGGGGUGUAACAGCUGAUGGUGACACCGCAGCUCAGAGCCUUCCCUGCAUGCUGGGCAUGCCAUGGCCAGGA